UACAAAUUCACCUGUGCUACUAUGCAUUCAUUUUGGUCUCGGCUGCCAGAAGAGUGAUUGUGUCUAAUGCUGUCAAUGGAGAUGACACGUUUUGUGUGUGUUCGUCACUACUUCGUCGUGUGCUCUUGAGUGUCGCUUGAUUUGUUUUGUGCGGUUGAUUGGGUAUUGUGUUGGGUAGGUUUCUGGUGAGUUUGUUCCUGGAUUUGAGCUGUAAUGUAGUGUCCAACAAUGGAUGCGAUUUGGGUCGAGCUUGGUUUGUGAUUUCAUUGCAGCUUAUGGUUUCCCAGGGUUUCGUUUCGGCUGUUCUAGCCUCUAGGCAAUGAUUUUGUGGGUUGUGGCAUGUUGGGGAGAACCUGAGAAUUUUGAGUCCCCCAAUGGGUUGUAUUAUGUUUGCUACUGCUUGUUGGUUGUUCGAUCCCAAUUUCUUGCAGCUCAUUGGUUUAACCAUAUGGAUUUAAAGUUCUGGCAUGGGUAUGAAAUCUUUAUAUCCUACUUUUCCCUUUUCUCUCAUGUAUUGCUCAUUUGUCAUGGUGAAGUGUUGAUAAAAGUGAUUCUGUAGGUAGAUUUAAAUGUUUUUGUAUUGUUGUUUACUAGACUAAAAUGAAUCUUGAUUUUCAAUUAUGACCCUACAUGCACAGUCUACACGUAUUCACUUCAGAUUUGAGCUAUAAUAAUCAGUUCUGUUUCUGGUGUUUAAGAUCAAUUUGUGUCUUUAAAGCAUUUGAACUCAAGAGUACUUUUGCCAAAUAAGUAUUCGUUCAUUUGAACUCAUUUUCCUUGGUUAUUCCGAAUGUGACUCUCAUUUCAUUUUGAGAUUGUCUUGAAAGUUAAAACUGUGAUAGUUCAUCGGGCUACGAGUCAUCAUGCCAGCUGGACAUAUAUGUAUAUAAUCUAUAUCUUCUGAACGUUUAGAUUCUUACUGGAUCUAGUGUUUCAGGGUCAGCUUUAGGAGAGCGUUACUUCGGUGCACUAUGAAUGCAUGACAAGUCGUGGUACAGGAUUUUUCAGGAAUUGACUUGUGAUGCAUUGUCUUUAGAUGAAAUCAUCUCAGGCUUGGAAUUUAGGCAUGAAGGACGUACAAACAUUAAUACCCAGCCACCGUAGUCAUUUAAAGAAGCCAACAUGGAUUAUCGUAUUGGUUUUAUUAGUUUGCUUCUUUCUAGUUUGUGCGUAUGUUUAUCCACCUCACAAUUCUGCGGCAUGCUACGUAUUCUCUCUAAUGGUUGCGAGGCGAUACAAAAUUAGCUUCCUUCUGCGCCUGCCAGAGAACUGAAUGAUGAUGAAAUCGCUUCUCCUGUCGUAAUAAGAGAUAUACUGACAACUCCUCCUGUUAUAUCAACACAACCCAGAAUUGCAUUCUUGCUUCUGACUCCGGGUGCUUUACCAUUUAAGAGAUGGGAUAAUUUUUUUCAGGUAACGUGGGGAAAACUCUCAAUGGUAAAUGCAGAAGGACGGCUUUUAGGUAAUGCACUUAAAGAUCCUGACAACCAGCAUUUCGUACUACUUUCUGACAGCUGUGUUCCUCUUCGUAAUUUUGAUUAUGCGUACAACUAUCUCAUGUACACGAACGUCAGCUUUGUAGAUUGCUUUGAGGAUCCUGGUCCACAUGGAAGUGGAAGGCAUAUUCAACAUAUGUUACCUGAAGUCGAGAAGAGAGAUUUUCAAAAGGGUUCACAGGUGUGUUUUUAUAAUUAUAAACCCUGCAGUAAUUUGCAGUUCGGACACUAUUGCAAGGUGAUCAAGAAUCGUGCCUCGCCAUUUUCAGAUGCUUGAUCCAGCUGGGAUAGCUAAUUGGUCCAUAACACAUGUCGAUUGGUCUGAAAUGAAGUGGCAUCCAAAGUCAUACCGGCUGCAGGAUGUUACAUUAGGGCUGAUUAAAAGUAUUACAGUACGUCUACAAACUUCUACAUCUAGGCUGUGACCAAGUAAUUUAUAUUUUACAAAGAACCGAUCUUUCUAUUCGACACAUUGAACCAUAUUAACUACAAUGUAAAAUAAAGGAAUUGUGUUCGCAUAAUAAAUAAACUGCAAAUAUUCACUUG